AAAUAUGGAGCCAGAUCAUUCUAAUGGAACAUUUCAAGAUUUAUUUAGAAAGAAGGUCAGAUCAAAAAUUGCGGAAGAGGACUGCCAGCUAUCCAUGAACGCAUUUUUAAGCAUUGGAGACUUGCAAAAGAAAGGUGUCUACCGAGGUGUGACUAGAGGAAUGACUUUUGAAGAAAUGGAUGCCUGCCUUAAUUUGGAACUGGCAAGCAACCCUCCCCGAAACGAUCCGAAACUACCCAAUUCAUCAUUGUCUCUCAACGAAUUGCAGGAUUGGUUAGACAAGGAAAUGGAGUUAUCGCGUCAAUAUACGUCGGCAGGGGGAGAUAUGAUGACCACAUUAGAAAAGAUGGUUCACAAGUCUGAUAAAAUAGAAAACUGGCUUAACAAAGAAGCUAAAAAUUCACAACUGAAACCCGAACUAGAGAAUGAAGAAACGUCAGCCAAAGGUCAGCAGAACGCACCGUAUCCAAAUUUCGAAGCGGCCGAGCGCAGCCUGCGGGCGCUCCACGAGACCCUGGGGCUCGCCAAACUCUUCCCGCGGCGCGGAGGCCAGGCUCGCCAGGAUAACUCGCCGGCGCCCUCCGCGACGGGCAAGCAGAGCGCGCAGGCGCCCGGAACCUCC